AUGGGUCUUCAUAACCAGUCAGUGUGGAGCUGUGUCCUGUGUGACAGCCUGAAUGAGCCAUACAGUCAUUCCACAGAUUUUGAAGUACAUAGAAACUGGCUUGCCAUCACUCACAGUUUACCAGUCUCUCAGUGGUAUUAUGAAGCAACUUCUGAGUGGACCUUGGAUUAUCCUCCAUUUUUUGCUUGGUUUGAAUAUGCGCUUUCAAAUAUUGCCAAAUACUUAGAUCAGGAAAUGCUGGUUAUCCAAAAUUUGAACUACUCCAGUGAUGCAACAGUCUUCUUCCAAAGAUUUUCUGUCAUCUUUACAGAUAUUCUUUUUGUGUAUGCAGCUCAUCAAUGCUGCAAAUGUAUAAAUGGGAAACGAUCUGGAAAAGAACUUCUGGAGAAACCGAUGUUUGUUCUUGCUGUUUUACUAUUGUGGAACUUUGGCUUGUUAAUUGUGGAUCAUAUUCACUUUCAGUACAAUGGUUUUUUAUUUGGAUUGAUGCUUCUUUCUGUUGCUCGAUUAUUUCAGAAAAGGCAUCUUGAGAGUGCACUUCUUUUUACUGUUCUCCUGCAUUUCAAACACAUCUACAUCUAUGUAGCCCCAGCUUAUGGUGUAUAUUUGCUACGAUCCUAUUGUUUCACUGCAAAUAAGGCAGAUGGAUCCCUCAAAUGGAGCAGCUUCAGCUUUCUUCGCAUAACUUUGCUGGGAUUGAUUGUCUGCCUUGUUUCUGCUCUUUCAUUGGGACCCUUUGCUGUUUUGGGCCAACUGCCUCAAGUCAUUUCACGGCUAUUCCCUUUCAAGAGAGGCCUCUGCCAUGCUUACUGGGCCCCUAACUUUUGGGCUUUGUACAAUGCUGUGGACAAAACAUUAGCAGUUAUAGGUCUCAAAUACAAAUUCCUUGAUCCUGAAAAGAUUCCUAAAGCCUCCAUGACAGGUGGAUUGGUUCAAGAAUUCCAGCACACUGUCCUUCCUUCUGUGACUCCACUUGCAACACUAAUUUGUACCUUCGUCUCUAUCUUGCCCUCUAUUUUCUGUCUUUGGUUUAAACCCCAAGGGCCCAGAGGCUUUCUUCAAUGCCUGAUACUUUGUGCACUGAGCUCAUUCAUGUUUGGCUGGCAUGUGCAUGAAAAGGCAAUACUCCUCGCUAUUCUUCCCUUGAGUUUGUUGUCUGUGGAGAGCCCAAAAUAUGCUGGAAUUUAUCUGAUUCUGACAACUACAGGGCAUUUUUCACUCUUCCCAUUGCUGUUUACUCCUCCAGAAAUCCCUAUUAAAAUACUGCUCAUGCUGCUGUUUACAGUUUAUAGCUUCUCUUCACUGAGGGCUUUGUUCAGAAAAGAAGGGCCUCUACUUAACUGGCUGGAAACUAUCUACCUCGUUCAACUAGUGCCUCUGGAAUUUUUUUGUGAAAUUGUGUUUCCUUUGACCCCCUGGAAUCUGAAGUUCCCUUUUAUCCCUUUGAUGCUUAUUUCUGUAUACUGUGCUCUAGGCAUCACAUAUACUUGGCUCAAACUGUCCAUCUCUGUCUGGACUGAAUCAACAGCUGUCAGACAGAAGGCAGAUUAAAGCAAUAUCGUUGAGACCAACUUCAGGUAAAUCCUUCAGGAGGAUUAUCCAGCAUCAGGGGGAGUUGUCUUCUAAGAUCAUGAACAAUUUGAAGAGGCAGUACAAGUUGGACCUCCCUGGUCUGGCACCCAAAGGAGGGAAUUUGUUGGACCGGGGAGGUCUCCUGCCACAAUCCCUCUGCCCCUCCCUGCCACUGACUAUUUCCUUCCCAACGGGCUGCCUGCUGACAGGCUCCAGCCCUGGUCCUGCUCCAACUCUGGCUGGACUGUCCCACUCUGGCCCCGCUGCUGACUGGGUUGCUGCAGCCUUAGCCCUGCUUGCAGGCAGCUCCGGCCCCACUGCUGCAGCCCUGUUACUGUGGUCCCUGCUCUGAUGCUGGGUUGCUGCAGCCCCAGCCAGGCUGUCCCUGCUGGGUUGCUGUGGCCCCAGACCCAUGUUGCCCAAGCAACCUGCAGCUCAUCCCCCACCCCACUGCUGGGUGACACACAGCCCCUGGCGGGCUUCCCCGGUCCCAUUGCUGAAUGGGCUGCUGUGGCCUCAGGCAGGCUGCCGCUGCUCUGGCCCCACAACCACCAACGCUCUUGGCUCCCAGCCCUGCAAGGCUCCCAGCUGCUGGCCUUUCUGCCUUGGAGCUCUCUUGUCCAAGAACAUCUGUGAUCCUUCCGGACUACUGAUGCUGCUGGACCAGAGAGUCCUGGUUAAGGGAGGUGCAACCUGUAGUACUGAUUGAGAUGUCUAUUCAUCAGCCUGUGCUGCUGACCAAAAUAGCUAUUUGAAAUGUUGCACCGCACAUAGUGAGAGACCACUUGCCCUGAAUUAAUGGUAAAAUGUAAUUGAAAUGAACAUUAAAAUUGGCCAUUUAAAAUGUCCAGAUUACUGUUCUGAAAGGAAUGUGCAUAGUUUCCUUGUUAAUUGAGGGAUUUUGCCAGAAACCGAUAUGGCUACUUGUAAUAAGGGAUCACUGCUUUGUAAAAGAAAACAUAAUUGUAAUCAUGUACUGAGGAAGAGGUAAAUAAAAUACAUUUUUAUAUUUCUGUAUUAAAACCUCUCUCUGGACAUCUUUCUAGCUAAAGGGUCUCUCUGCAAAUGUGUAAAACU